UAUUCUCUUGGUCAGAGCUUGAUGGGUUUGUAGCACGGAGCUUACAGACUAUCAUGUUCCCACCUCUCUUGCUCCUCCAAAAGCCUGUCAGUGGCUGCCGCCUUUCAGUCAGGGUUGGAGUCCCUGUCUUCCCUGGCAACAAGCCCAUCAUCUUUUGGUCACAGAGCGUUUUGUUUUUGUCACAGUCUGAUAGUGUGACUGGGCUCCCCAGGGUGCCCUGUCCUACUCGUCCUACCCCCUGCGACCACCCACCAGUCAGCCCCACCCAGUCAGACGUUUCUGAAUUAUGGAUAAGUCUGGAUAGCUUCUUAUGAAAUAUGAAUUUUGCAAAGGAGACCAUUGAAAAACACAAACACCUCAAUAUCCACGCUGAAUUACAAACUUAUCUCACUAGUAGGGUGAAGGUUCCUGCAAACAGAGUAAGUGGCUCAUCUCUGGCUAUUUGUUCACUAUCAUGUGGCUGCUGUCACUUUCUUACAGAACUGUACCCUCUCUGGGAUGGUGUUAUCACUUUAUAACCUGCUUUCUCUGAGUUUCACAGUAUCCAACCUGCGUGUUUGAGACAACAGGGAGGAUAGAGGAUGUGAGCAAAGCUCCCUCUCCUCUCUCCUCCUCUUCCUCACACGCGCCGGUGACAGAGAGCCAGACGGAGUGUUUAUCACGAGCUGCCCGCGAGCUCCAGCAGCAGCAGCAGCAGCAAUAGUCGAUUUCAGUUUAGUAAAUGGAGGAUUCAUGUAUUCUACCCAUUGGGUCCCAGUUUAUCUGAGGCGUGACGGGGACGGAGUGAAGACAUUAAAGAGAGGAGGGACGCACGUCGACACACAAGUGUGAGGAAGCUCUCAGUCUCCAACAACCUGAAGUGGGAACGACUCGAUAGAGACAUGGGGUGUAGGCUUCCUAAACUGCGUAAGGCAGAAGAAAGGCGAAGCCCUGGCAACAUCUACUCCACCCUCAGACGGCCUCAGGUGGAGACUAAAGUAGGUGUGUCCUACACCUACCACUUCCUGGAUUUCCUGUUGGGAAAAGAUGAGGUACCGGUGUCAUCGGUGCUGUGUCUCUCCUCGGUCAGAGAGCUGCCUGUUCAGGUCAGGGAACUCUACGCGCAGGGUUUCGUCCUGGUCGCAGUCCACCCAUUUGUCCAUCCCUGCGGCCCUCGGCACGCACACAUCCAGCGCCAGCUCCACAGGGCCGUGCUGGUCCGAGAGACUCCAAGUUCUGAGAAAAGCCAUCUGAGGUGUGGGAGACACCGUCUGGAGACAGAUGUGUGUGUGGCUGGUCACCAGGUUGCUGACCCGGAGGUGAUCCAGAGCUAUGUCAAGAGGAUUCAGGAUGUUGCAGAGCAAGGGGUGAUGUUUGUGGGUUUCCUCCAGCAGCCGGGUGGAGGACCCUGCUACCUUGGGAACUGGGACCCAGAGGAGCUGUCAUCUUUACAUUCAAGCCCUUCACCCAUACAUCGACACCCCAUAAGCGCCAACACCAGCCCAACAGACCCAACAGAGCAUAAUGCCAAAGAACCUGAGCAUCCCUUUGAAACCCCAGAGUCACAGAAUGAAGGUGCAGCACAUGACAAACAGGACCACACGCGUCUGAAUCCCACCCAGAGUUUAGAUCCCAACCACGAAGAGUCCAUUGAGCUAUUCAAAGACUCCACAAACCGACUUCAAGACCACAGCAGGCCUAGUGCAGAGGCAGUUCAAGGGUGUCCACAUCAAAACCCAGCAGAAGAUGAUGAAGAAGAAAACCAGCAGUGUCCCAGCCCUCCAGAUACUGAAGGCUUGAUCACACAGAUCAGGGGCCACCUACCCAACGUCAAAGCAAGAGAGAGGCAGAGUUCAAGCUCGGACAGCUGGUACAGCUCUCCAGACCUGGACCGAAACCACAGAAGAAAGUCCGGCUCUGCAUUUUCAGAUGGGCAAAGCAGAGUGACGACACACAACAACAACCACAUCCGGCUCAAGAGUGCAGAGAAAGAAAAGGACUCAACUUCAACCCCAACACAGGGUAGGAUGCAGCUCUUUGCCUUGUACAACCACACCGGGGACCUCGACACGUCUAUGAGGUUUUACUCCCUCAGGGUGCCGCUGCAGGUUCAAAAGGAAGCCGGUCAAAUCACAGAGCUGGACACACACUGGCUUGACCACAUGACUCAGCAUUUUACCAGUGGUGCACACCUCAUUGACGGGUUCUUCCACCUUAAAGAGGACAGCGCAGACAAUGGGGUUUCAUGUGUGGAUAGUGUGUUCAUCUUCCAGAGCUCCGCAGAGGAGACCACAGGCAACUCCUACGAUGCCAUCGUGGUGGAGCAGUGGACCGUCGUUGAUGGUGUCGUUGUGAAGGCAGACUACGUCCCUUUGCUCCAGUCUCUGGCUCCGUACGGAUGGAGGCUGAUGUGUGUGUUACCUACACCAAUCGUCAAGACCAACAGUGAUGGGAGUUUGUCGACAAAGCAGAUCCUCUUCCUUCAGAGACCUGUUUUGCAGCGCAAGAGAAAAGACUUCAAGAUGCUGAACCUCAGGGGUCGCAGCAAGGCAAAGAAAAAAUCUGGUGGAGAAACACAGGAGGAGAGAGAGGACAGGUCCCCCGUGAUGGAGACGGAGAUGGACAGGUGGAGAAGAAUCACAACAGAGGAUGAAGACAGGGCAGAGAGGAGGAAGAGCAGGGACAGCCUUCAGAGAGGCGAGGAGGAGAGCGAGGAGGAGGAAGAGCAGUAUCAAAGGCGACUCUCGUUCCUGCCAGGAAGCAGGGUUUAUGUUGAUGAUCAGGAAGAGGAGACGGACAUCGACGAGAUACUACUGUCCCACCAGGAAAGAUCUGUGAGAUGGACGGACGCUUGUAGCAGGGAUGAAGGAGGGGUCAAAGAGCAGGUGAAGAUGGAAGAGCGGAUCAAACAGCAGCUGUUUUCAGGCGUCUGUUGACACAUCGGGCACAGGAUGGAAACUUUUUACUUUGUCAAAAAAUGCCUUUGAAAAUUUUUUUUUGAUCUGGAUUUGAAGUUGUUCUGUAGAGAGCUGUACUGUAACUAGUCAUCAUGUACAGUUACUGCUUUGGUCUGCUGACCUAGGUGUUUACACUCUUGCAAGCCUUUGAGGUUGUAGUUCCCAUGAAAGGGAAAGUAUUGUGCAGCUCUCUGCUUUGGGUCAGUGUUGCUCUGUGAUGUAUGUUAUGAAAUGAAACUGUACAAAGCUGUACAACAACAUAGAACUAAGAACUAAGAAGCCCUAUUUGACCUUUAAUAGCUAGUCUGCAUAUUCAUCACAGAUAUGUAAAUCAGUUCCUCCAGGUCAAAAGGAGCAUUUUUCAAACAAACAACAUCCCUUUUGCCAUUAAUGUGUAUUUGGUUUUCAACUUCAGAUAUCUAAUAUUAAAUUCCUCCUAUCCAAAAUAAAAAUUCUAGAUAUCUGCAAUAGGAUUAUAGGGGAAACUCUGUAUCCAUAAUACAGUUGUUAAUCAAAUCUGAAGUGAGCAGGCAUAUUCUGGGAUAUCCAGACUUGUAUUCUUAUGAACAAAUCAUUUUCAUUUCAGACAUCUGAGCAAGAAAAAUAAACAUUCAUCGUGUUAGUGGUAAUCAAGAGUGAGAGAAAAUACCCAGAGACUGUAUGUGCCUUGGAUUAGGACAUUUGUGGAGGGAGGGAGAGAAAGAGACCAGAGUUUCACUGACAACUGUGGCAAAACCCUGACUAGUAAGAAUAUGAUUGUGACUAGAAGUCACAAGUUCAUUAGGGAAAGGGCAACUCAAAUGGAAGUCAAUUAUUACAAAAUUAAAUAAAUUAGUGUCAAAAUAAAUGUGAGAUAAAAUGUAACUAAAAGGAGCCAAAGCUUGAGCUGUAAGGCAACUGGACUGGUAGAAAUUCUUGAAGAUGUUUUACCUCUCCGCCUCAAGGCUUCUUCAGUUCUGACCAGACUGGGGAAGAGCUCGAAGAUAUAAGCCACUAACAGUCGUGGGUGUGUCCAGGAGUCACAAAGGGUACUAAGUGGGGUUGUCAGUCUUGUUCCUGACAGUCAUUCAGUACCACCUGUCAAUUGUUAGCCUAGUUCCUGACAGUCGUUAGGGUGAUGGGUCAGCUGUGAGUCGUUAGAGUCACAUCUCUCUCUGGUGUGAGUAUGGUCUUACUUGUUUUGACAGAGAAUUCAAAACAGUAUUGUUUGUGGGAGACAAAUGGUGUCUUAGUCCACCACCUCUGUUAAUAGAAGGGUGUUCAAGCUUAACAUAGAUGGCUUCCUUGACCCCUCUUUCAUACCAAUGCUCUUCUCUGUCCAGGAUCUGCACAUUGCUGUCCUCAAAGGAGUGUCUCUUGCCUUGCGGAUCAAGCUUUGGAUUACCAUGACCUGGAUGACUGAGAACCUUCACAGACAAAACUAAAAGGAGCUGUGGGUGCUAAUUGAAUCAGUAAAGAAAUAUGGAGGGAUGGGUCAUGUGUAUGAAAAUAAAAUAUUAAUUUAUUCAUAUAGCCUAACAAAAUGAGGACUCUAACCAAGAGUUAAACACAUAUAUUUUAUAAGGAGAAACUAAAAUGGAAAUAAACACUAACUUUCCACACUUACCAAGGUCCAAGCUCAUGAGUCUGCGGAUACUCUCUUCUGAUUGGCGGAAUGCCACAACUGCGCACCAAUCGUAUUUCUCCUGCCAGCAGCCAGGUGAAUGAGAUCAUCAGGGCAGUAGGAACACACCUCACACAUUCAAAGAAAAGUUAAUCAAUUACACUGUAGCCGGUUAUUGAAGAUGUGUUCUCUUUAUUAAAAAUCCCAUCAAAUGUUCCCGGUUAAUGGAGAUUGUUAUUGUGUAACUCUAAAUUUGUAGAUAUCUGCAGCUGAAUUGUUUGUAGUCAUAAUUCUAACCCUUGAUAGGCAAUAUAAAAGUGCAUUCUACUAGUCAUAAUUUCCCCAAUAUCUGAGGUGUUUAUUUUGAUAAAGAAAAUGUAAUUACCACUAUCUCUUAUGUAUCUCCAGCCUAGCUGUUAUAUGUUGAAAAGGCUACUUGUACCCUAUUAGGGUUUAAAGUUAGCUAAUAUUAAAUUUUGUUAAGGAGAAAUAAAGUGUCAGAUAUCUUGAGAUACAUUUUCUGCUAGUAAGAAUGUAAUUAUGAAUAACUUUUAUACAUUUCUUACUACUGAAAGUACUUUCACUCGGAGAAAUGUUGUUAUGGAUACUUAGAAUCCAAUUGCUGAUAGAAGUGUGUUUGGAUUAAAUGUUAAAACAGCUUACUAUUACAGCAAGCCUCCUGUUCAAGCCUUAACCUUUAUUUCACAUUGCUGUGUUUCACUACUUUCUUGUGAUACGACUUUUAGAAAGGGAGCACUGACCUCACUGGGUUUUACUGUAUUUCUUAUUUGUUUCGUAGGUUAUUGAAGAAAGAAACGAGAAGGGACACUAACAGAGCAUGUUAUCUUUAAUUUAAGCCUGAAUGACACUUCUACUUUUACCUAGUUUAGCUUAUAGGCUGAUGUUCAAUCAGAUGUAUACAUCUGAUUCAGCUUAAAUUUCAGUUUAUGAUUUAUAAAAAUGUUUGCACAUUCAAAUUUUACUUUUAAAGUAUUUCACUCAACAGAUAGAAUAUCAUGCUCCCAAUCUUAACAAAAAUAAAGGGAAUCCAAUCAAAAAUGAUAAGAAAGAAAACGUUUCUUACACUUUCUUGUAUCUGCCAUGUUCUCCAAGUCAAGAGAUGAUAGCCUAAUAAUUAAAGGGGCAGUUCAUAUAAAUGCGAAUGAAAGAUGAUAAAUCAGCUAAUUUUGGAGCUCAUUCAAGGGGUUGGAGUUAAUCCAGGCCAAAAAUGGAGGUGAACUAACUUUUGUUAGUGGGGCUCUUUAUGUACAAGAAAAAAAUCUCAAGAAGGAAUGUCAUGUGUGCACAGUUGGUGGUUUCUUAAAGAGACGAUUUCUUCCGUGAAAGAGCUCAAAUGAAAACGGGGAGAUUGAUGAUUAUCUAGAGCAACUUCAACACUGCCUCCAGGAAAACAUGAUGCUGUUAUUAAUUUUUCAUUCAAUGCUGGGAACAAACCAAAAUUGUGUGUUUGGUUAGAUCCUGGAGAAAGGAACAGAUGAUUAAAAAACUUCAUUUGGUAGAGAUGACCUGUUCAAGGGUGUGCUCUUCAAAAGUGUGUAAAUUAGACAUGGGGUAUUUAUGACUUCUUCCCUGGAGGAGCUCUGUAGUGUGUAAGUAAUGUGACACUUGAGUCUUAAUAUAAAAGCAGAGGUCAAUAAAGUGUUUGGAAACA